AAUAAGACACACUGCACAAUCUGUGCGCUUCUCUCCCCCUUCUCCGCUUUCUUCGCUCAAGCUUUUCUCCCUUUCUUACGGUUUCGGAUCAAUGAGCGAUCAUCUAGUGCUAUAUGUCGAUCGUCUGGUACGCCCUGUGAACGUUGAUUCAGUGACGCUGCCGGCUAAGUUUCUGUCUGACCCGUCUCCGGCGAGCAAGUCCGCGGACAUUGCGGGGCUCUCUGGCUCUGCUCCGCCGGCGGAGAGCGAUGCCGCUGGGUCGGAGCAUGACGAGGAUGGUAAUGAGGAUAAGCCAUUGAUCCCUAAUGCAGAGUGUCGCAUUUGUCAGGAGGAAGACAGCAUUAACAAUUUAGAAAUACCUUGCGCCUGCAGCGGCAGUCUGAAGUAUGCUCAUCGAAAGUGCGUCCAGCAUUGGUGUAAUGAGAAAGGAGGUACAAUUUGUGAGAUAUGCUAUAAGCCUUACCAACCUGGUUAUAUUGCCCCAACUUCUCACUCUAAUGCUGAGGAAACUGCCAUUGAUAUAGGUGGAGGCUGGACAAUCUCUGGUGCGCCUCCGGACUUUCAUGAUCCUCAACUCUUGGCAAUUGCAGAGGCUGAACGCCACUACUUGGAAGCUGAAUAUGAUGAGUAUGCUGCAUCUAAUGCUAGUGGAGCUGCCUUUUGCCGUUCAGCUGCUUUAAUUUUAAUGGCCCUUCUACUCCUGCGACAUGCAGUUUCUGUCCCGGAUGCUGAUGCAGAUGAUGAUCCAUCAACUUUCUUCUCUAUCUUCUUACUUCGUGCGGCUGGAUUUCUUUUACCUUGUUAUAUUAUGGCUUGGGCAAUCAGCAUCUUGCAACGUCGGAGGCAAAGACAACAGGAGGCAGCAGCAGUGGCAGCAACCCAAGUCGCUGUUGUUUUGCAAUCUGGGCAGCGGAGGGGCCUGCAAUUUGCCAUAGCACCAGGACCACCGGUAAAUGCACAGCUGGAACACAUUGUUUAGUUUGGGUCUGUGUAUUAAACUAUGAGCAUGUGUUGCUGUGGGAAGAUAUAAAGUUUUUUAUUGACAUGGCCAUGCAGUAUUACUCUGAUUCUUAAAAGCUAUGUAUGUAUUUACGCAUGUAUACAUGCAUACCUUAGCUUUGGCGGCUAUAUAAGAUGGUUGACGUUUUGGAUUUGCAUAGCCAUCAAGAAUGUCUCAACCACUGUAUAUUUGUAUGUAAAAACAAUUUGCCCAGGCUAAAGAAAAAAAUUCAUAUUUCAUGGGUUAAUUGUGCAAUAGUAA